AUGACAAGGGGGUAUUUACUCGAAGAUUCAGAAGAAGAAAAUAUCGAUAGAAGCUCUAUCCCAAUUACUCGUAGAUGGAUCAACAAAGAUCGAGAAGCAGGACAUGAUCGCCUUUACCAAGAUUACUUUGCAGAUGAACCGAGGGUUGAUGCAACUGGAAGAAGAGGCUUGUCGCCACUCCAGAAAUGUACCACUGCAAUACGGAUGUUAGCAUUUGGCGUAGCAGCUGAUGCUGUUGAUGAUUAUGUGCGCAUAGGCGAGAGCACUACAAUUGAAUGCUUGGAAAAAUUUGUUGAAGGUGUCAUUUUCAUGUUCCAGGAUGAAUACUUGCGAAAACCCAAUCCAAAUGACGUACAAUGCCUGCUACAAAUAGCGGAGGGUCGUGGCUUCCCUGGCAUGUUGGGUAGCAUUGACUGCAUGCAUUGGCAAUGGAAAAAUUGUCCAAAGGCGUGGAAAGAUCGUUCUCCAGUGUUUGAUGAUAUUCUAAAUGACCGUCCUCCGGAGGUAAAUUAUACUAUUAAUGGUAAUAAUUAUACAAUGAGAUACUAUUUAGCAGAUGGUAUUUAUCCUGAAUGGGCCACAUUUGUCAAAUCAAUCUCAAAGCCACAAGGGGAGAAACGCAAGUUAUUUGCACAAUAUCAAGAAGGGCAAAGAAAAGAUGUGGAACGAGCAUUCGGAGUGUUGCAAGCACGCUUUGCAAUUAUACGUGGUCCAGCUCGUUUUUGGAAAAAGAAGAAGCUCGCCAACAUAAUGAGAGCUUGUAUUAUAUUGCAUAAUAUGAUUGUUGAGGAUGAAAGAGACACUUAUGCAGGAAAUUUUACUCAAAGCUUAGAGUAUGAUGAUGUUGAAAAUGGCUUAUCACAACCUCAGUUGGGAGAAGAAGAUUUUGCACCAUACCAUCAAUUUCUCCAAAGAAAUGCCCAACUUCGAAAUAGGCAGCAUCAUAGACAAUUGAAAGAGGAUUUGAUUGAACACAUAUAUGGCAAUUUCACAAUGCUUGUCGUCAACUAUAGAGUUUAA